AUCAUGUGGCAGAGGUCACAGAAUGAUGGCACAGCUGGCAACUUAAUUAACUUCAGUCAAAUCACAUACAGUGCUCUUGAAUGGAGGUGAAGCUGCCUUCUGAUAAUUUUUCAGAUUCAGAAAUUAAGCAAGAAUAUCCUUAAGAUGUUUCUUCGUGCAUCUAAGAAGGCAUUCUUCAUUCCACAAGGAAGCAAUGACUUCAGUAAGCUGGUGAGAUGCAUGCAAAAUGGUCCACCAAAACAAAAGGAAAACCAGAAACCAGAAGAACCAAAUAUUCCCUCAGCUGCUGAUGUUGUCAUAAUAGGUGGAGGCUCUGCUGGAUGCAACCUACUUUAUCAGCUAGCAAAACGGGGAGUUGACACAGUGCUAUUAGAACGCUCCAAAGUCACCUCUGGAACAACAUGGCAUUCAGCUGGUCUUGUUUGGAGCUUGCGUCCUAAUGAUGUUGAAAUUCAGCUCUUGGCAGCAACUCGAAAUUUGCUUGCAAAACUGGAAAUAGAGACUGGAUUUAAUCCUGGCUGGAUAAAUAAUGGUGGACUUUACAUAGCUCACAACAAGGAAAGACUGGAGGAAUAUAGACGUUUAGCUACAGUAGGCCACAGCUUUGGUAUUGAAUCCAGUAUACUGUCUGCAGAAGAAACAAAAAAGAUUUUUCCUCUGAUAAAUGAGAAGGUAGUACAUGGAAGUCUAUACUCUCCUGGUGAUGGGACUGUUGACCCGUCUAUGCUUUGUACAGCCCUUACACGAACUGCUGUACAAGCAGGUGCUAAGCUUAUAGAAAAUUGUCCUGUAACUAAAAUAUUGAGAGGGAAAAAUAACUUUGGAUCUAAAAAAGUUUCUGGAGUCAUCACACCAUAUGGGACAAUCAGAACUGACUGCGUGGUGAAUUGCAGUGGUGUUUGGUCACGAGAAAUUGCAUCUCUUGUUAAUCUACCAAUUCCACUGCUGCCAAUGAAACAUGCUUAUGUAGUGUCAGAGGGAAUAGAUGGUGUGAAGGGACUACCAAAUGUUCGAGAUCAUGAUGGUUCUAUAUACUUUCGCAUACAAGGAAGUUCUCUCUGUAUGGGUGGUUAUGAAUCAAACCCUGUCAUGUUGGACAAGGUAAAAGAAGAUUUUGAAUUUUCUUUAUAUGAGUUGGACUGGACAGUAUUCAGCUCUCAUGUAAGGGAAGCUGUUAACCUUGUACCUGUGUUUGAAACUGCUGGUAUUAAGAGUACCGUAUGUGGCCCAGAAAGCUUUACUCCUGAUCAUAAGCCAUUACUAGGUGAGGAUCCAAGGUUGCUGGGAUUUUACCAUAACUGUGGCUACAACUCAGCCGGAAUGAUGUUUGGAGGUGGUUGUGGAGAACAAAUGGCUCAGUGGAUUAUUAAUGGACGGCCAGAGCUGCAUAUGUUCAGCUACGACAUAAGACGCUUUCGAUCUGACCAAACUAAAGAUCAAGAAUGGAUAAGGGAAAGAAGUCAUGAGAGCUAUGUAAUGAAUUACAGUAUUGUAUUUCCAAAUGAUCAGCCUUUAGGUGGUAGGAACUUCCGAAAAGGCCCAUUGCAUGAUGAAUUGCUUAAUGCAGGUGUUGUUUAUGAGGAGAAACAAGGAUGGGAGAGACCGGGGUACUUUUUGCAGAGUGGUAUAGCUCCUGUUCAGAAGUAUGAUUGGUUUGGCUCCUAUGGAUCAUCUAGAAAUCCAGAGACUCCUUAUGAAAGUCUGUUGCAAGGGGAUAGAACAUUUGGAUUCUCAAAGCACCAUCAUGCAAUUGGAGAGGAGUGCCUUGCAUGUAGGGAAGAUGUAGCUCUAUUUGACAUGUCAUACCUGGGUAAGCUUUAUCUGAGUGGUCCUGAUGCCCAGCUGGCUGCUGAUUGGUUAUUUUCUGCUGAUACCAGAAAGGAAGUAGGCCAGUCAGUGUUCACCUGUCUCCUUAAUCCUCAUGGUGGAGUGGAGGCUGAUGUCACUGUUAGUGCCAUUGAAACUGGAACUGGAGGUCAAGCAGACCCUAUUUUGAAGGGUAGAGGGUUCUACAUUAUUAGUGGAGGAGUCUCAGCAUACCAUACAUGGGCUCACAUGAAUUCAAUUAUCAGCCUGAAGAAUUUCAAGGUAGCUCUCACUGAUCAUACAGACAAAAUGGGAGUACUUUCUGUACAAGGACCAAACAGUCGAGAACUGUUGCAGUGUAUUACCAACACUGACCUAUCAGACUCUGCAUUUCCUUACUCAACAACACAGCUGAUUCGGCUGGCAGGACAUCUUUGUCGUGCAUUCCGGAUUAGCUAUGUAGGUGAACUAGGCUGGGAAAUUCACAUACCAUGGGAAUCUUGUUUACCAAUUUAUAAAGCUAUUACAGAACAAGGAAAGAAGUAUGGUCUGCGACUGGCUGGAUUUAGAGCACUGAACUCCCUUGGCUGUGAAACUGGUUACCAUUUAUGGAAUUAUGACUUAAGGUCUGAUGACCUGCCUAUUGAAUGUGGAUUAGAUGAGACAUGCAGAGAUGAAGGAGAAUAUGUUGGUAAGGCUGCCCUUGAAGUGGAGAAGCGAAAAGGUUUAAGAAGACGAUUAACAUUUUUUCAACUGCAAGAGCAAAUUCCUGUGUGGGGACUUGAAACAGUAUGGAGAGAUGGCCAAGUAGUAGGUUACCUUAGGAGAGGAGACUAUGGAUAUGCUCUAGGAGCAAGUAUUGGACAAGGCUAUGUGAGGCAUCCAGAUGGUCGCAAAAUUACUACAGAUUUCCUUCUAAAUGGUUUAUAUCAGAUUGAAAUAAUGGGGAAUCGAUACGAUGCUGUUCCAUACAUAAAAAGCCCAUUUGACGCAGAAGGGAAAAGACUUCAAGGAAUUUAUGAUGAGCCAUUACCAAUAAGGCAAUAGCAUUAAGAAUAUUUAUGUACAAAUAAACUGAGAGGAAGGCAAAACACAGUCUCAAAAUGUAUUAUGUAAAGUAAAAUGUAUGGUUGCCUUGGUUAGUUAAGAUUAGAAGCACUUUGUGGCAAAAUGGACUGUACAUUAAAAUUAUAUGUUUUUGAAACUUUCCAGUUGUCAACAUAGUAUGUGAAGUAAAAGAAAAAGAAUGUUCUUGGUGCCAGAACAGGAACUAACAUAUUUUUCAUCAAGUUUUUGGUAACUGUACAGGAAAAGUUCAGUGUCUGCCAAUGGUUUAUUGUGCAUUUCCCUUUACCAUUCUUUCAGUUAAUAGCAAUAUUGAGCUUCAUGUCAUUUUAUGUUAGUAACACAGUGGAUAUAAAUGUCAAUAAUAUAGUUCAAAUCCACAUAAAUUGAAAUGAAAUGGACUACAGAUAAUAUUUAUGUAAAUACAGUACCAAAAAUAUUAUAACCAAUUAUAAAUAGCAAUUAGUGAAACUUUUGAAGGCUGUGGAAAUAAUGACUCAGGACACUGCAUUAUGGAUGGUAUUGGAAAAUGAAAAUGAGGGUGGUUAAAAGCAUUUCACUACUCAGAGACUACAUUGCCAGAGAAGAAAAUCAAAACAGAUAGUCAAUGCGGCAUCUUGUUAAAUAAAUGUAAGUCAAACAAUAAUAUAUAUGAAGAAAAAAACAAGCAAUGAUCAAUUAAACAGUGGACCAGCAUUUAAGCUUAUAUGUAGUACCAGUGCAUAUAUAUAUAUAUAUAUAUAUAUAUAUAUAUAUAUAUAUAUAUAUAUAUAUAGCGUGGGGUGAGUCCUGUUGUACAAGAAAGCAGGUAGUGGCAUAAAGAACAACGUACAUUAAAGGAAAUAUACAUAAAUGGACUUCCUUAAAUUCCAGUAUUGUGAUAGUACAGAAUCGAGCAAUCAAAUGAUCUGUCAACCAGUAAUUUUAUUGUUAUAGUAUUCCAUAAUGUCAACCUCAAACAGGGAUUAUUGUUAAUCAAAUGCUUGCUUUGAAACACUUUUAUGAGAUUCCAUGUAGCACUGCACACACUCAUCAGAUAUGUGGUAUAUAUCCAUACGUCAGGUCCCUAGAAGCCAUGUCAUAUGUCACUUUAACUAUCAGCCAUUUCCUCCACAUUGUUUAGAUCCAAGUAGGCCCUACUGUUUAGCUGAUGAUUAGCAUGUGCAUUUUGACAACAAUGAAUAACUAAAUCAAGGCACAUUGAUUUAGGGCACAGUAUUCUGAUGCAACAAUCCUAAGCUAUACACAGUGGAGAUCCAUGCAUAACAUCAUUUGAUAACAUGAGGACAUUUCUGCUGAUGAUGCUCAUCUAAUUUCUAUGAUAUUCCAGCUCAUGUUUUCUUAUGAUAAGUACUUGCAUAUUGGUUCUGUGGCAUACUUCUUACACUGUAUUAAUGAUGCUCUUUAGUUUUAAUUCUAUUCUCAUGCAAUGCACCAUUCAUAUAUAUUUCUUACCAUACUUCACAUACUUCUGUUUUGACGCAGAAUGCCUUAAGACUUUUCUAGUUUUAAAAUUCUUCUCAAUACUGGUUUCCUGAUUCCUACACACUUUCUUAAAAUGACAUUUAAGUUAUCAGAUAACUAUAUUCCAUACUACAGUUGACAUAUAAUUCUUAACUGGGACAUCAUACUUUCAUUUGGUAGGUGUAGUGCUUUAUUUAUUUUUGACAAAUAGAGCAACAUUAAUUCUGUACAUAGAAGGGCUGCUGUAGACCUGGAAACCAGGAAAUAGAAUAACAUGUGUUUGGUGUAAGAGUUUAUUUUGGGCAGAGCAAUUCAUACCCUUUUGAAUACAAUGAUUUCAAUGUCAGUAUAAUGCUUUAAAAUUGACAACAGCAGUAUUAGUUUUAUAUUUGUAUAAUACUAGUGUCACAUGACAUACUUCACAGUGGGAAGAUUGAAAUGUUAAGUUUUCUAUUUUUAAUUUUUAGUAUUUUAAAUCCUGCCAUUACUUAUUCCAUAUAUCUGUGAGGCUCUCAAAACCAUCAAAAUGCAGUAAUACCAUUUGGUAAGACACCAUGUUCUAUCCUCAGGUGUAAUUUAUUUCUCUGGCAGCAAGAACUUCUGUGGUUAAAUGGGAUAUGAAAUACAGUAUUUCUGUGAUUAAUAAAGUUAUAUUUUUAUAAA